UAGAGGGACUCUAGUAGCAAUCGAAGUCGCGGGCGGGGAGCUCGAGGGGAGUUGCGUUGCGCGUUUAUUUAUCUUAUCGCGUAUCGUAUUGUGAUCGUGUUUGUAGACUCCGUAGUCCGUAGUGUAGGUGUAGUAGCACCGUGAGUGGGAAUCGAGUACGGCCAUAGCCAUACCGCAUACCGCGUUCCGUCAGUGAAAGUCUCGAGGUGGGUAGCCCGUCCGUGUUGACGACGGAGCAGUUUCAACCGUGUUCGAGCUCGUCCGAACGUUCUCAACUCGGACCGACUCGCUCGCGUUGUCGAGAAGUCUCGACGUCCCCGACGACACCCGGGGUCAACCCUACAAACCUUGGAUAUGUUGCCAAUGCAAAUGCAGAUUGUGGAAUGAUCGCUGGCAGUCUAGGCAAACAAAAGGAAUAAAAUCUUGAAAAUAAAAUGGAGUCUAAAACGCAUGAUACCAGUAAUGACUCUGAAGUGAAACUUUCUGACACCAAGGAUUUGGACGGCGAGAAGUCUAGGAAGGCGCAGUCAAGUUCUGUAGAAGAUUUAAGCAUCUCAAAGAAUGUAGAUAGUUGUAGUGUUACAUCUGAGAGCAGUGGCACUUUAAAAGACGUUAGUCAUAUAGUCGGAUUUAAUAACAAUCUUGCCUGUGGGACUAUGCAAAACGAGCGAGCGGGCGAACCUAUGGAACUUUCUGCAGAGGACGAGAUUAAGAUAACUACUAAUAAAUGUGACAAAACUAACGAUGUGUUAAAAGAAAUCUUGUACGCCACCAGUUGUAAUCCAAUCGAUUUAUCAGAGGCGACUACCUCGCAAAACAAUAGUCCGUCUUCUUCUUGUACUAACGAAGCAAACGCAUUGCACACGGAACAGAAUAAAGUUAAAAGAAGUAUUUCGAAAGGUCAAGUGUAUACCGGUAGCGGUAUGUCGGUAGAAAAAUCGGAUGAUAGCUCAGACGAAGAUUUGAGUAAGCGACAGAAGUUAAAUAAAAAUGCGCGCCACAUCAAUGCUGGAAACGUAAACGACGAUGCGGUGACGUUUCAAAGAAACAAAUCAAAAGCGAAACAGCGAAAUUAUCGUAAGAGGCGGAAUAUAACAAGCGAUAAUGAAGACAAUUCGGGGAAUACCUUGUCUAACGAGGUAACAAGGGAAGCUUCCAUUCCUGACGCAGAUGAAGGAAAUGUUGCAUCUGCCAGUACCAGAAAUGAGUCAGCUCAAAACGAAUCGUCAAAUAGAAGUUCAGAAGCUCAUAGAGCAGGAUCAGAAACGCCUAAUGACGAAUCUGAUCGAUACAAAGACGAGAGAGGUGACUCGAACGAAUGGAGAGCUGCUAACGACGAUGAAUGGGACGAAGAUGAGGAAGAUGAGGAUGAGGACGAAGAAAUACCUCAUUGUCUAAAAAUAGAGAAACCACCUCCUAAUUGGCGUAUUGUACCAGAAGUAAUAAAUCGCCAAAUAGGUAGCAAUCCGUUAUUCCAAAAAAGGUUCUACGGUUCUUUACAUGCGGUAGAGCGGCUGCAAGUUAUGCAUAAACUUAAUGAACAUCAGGGUUGUGUAAAUGCCUUAAACUUCAAUCAAAAAGGAAAUUUGUUAGCGAGUGCCUCUGAUGAUUUAGCAGUUGUUAUUUGGGAUUGGGCUGUAGGGAAAAAGCGUCACUGGUUUAUGAGCGGUCAUACAAGCAAUAUGUUUCAAGCAAAGUGGUUACCAUUAGACGUGGAAUACCUUAUGGUCACUUGUGCUAGAGACGGUCAGGUACGUUUAUUAGAUCUUAAACAUGACACAUCGAAGAAAUUGGCGACGCAUCGUGGACCGUCACACAAAUUGGCUGUGCACCCUGAAACACCUCAUGUGGUCUUUUCCGCUGGAGAGGAUGCAAGGGUAUUCUCCAUAGAUAUCCGAGAGAGUAAGCCAAACAAAUUACUCGUAGUAAAGGACGGUUCAUCAGAAGUGCAACUAUUCAGUAUACAUUCGAAUCCUUUUAAUAGUAAUGAAUUUUGCGUCGGCGGCCGUUCCCAUUACGUGAGAGUGUACGAUCGGCGAAAAGCUUCGACACCGCUUUAUAAACUGUGUCCCGAUCACCUGACAGGAAAUAAGCACGCGCAUGUAACGUGCGCUGUGUAUAAUCACAACGGAACAGAAAUUCUCGCAUCGUAUAAUGACGAGGACAUAUACCUAUUUGAUAGAUUAAUGUCGUCACGUGUAGAUUACGCUCAUAGAUAUCAGGGCCAUAGGAAUAGUGCAACUGUAAAGGGAGUCAAUUUCUUCGGACCUAAAAGCGAAUAUGUCAUAUCCGGAUCCGAUUGCGGUAAUAUAUUCAUUUGGGACAAAAACACGGAAGCUGUUGUACAGUGGAUGGCUGGAGAUGAUCAAGGAGUUGUAAAUUGCUUAGAAGGACACCCACAUAUUCCCAUUCUUGCGACAAGUGGAUUGGAUUACGACGUUAAGAUAUGGGAGCCUAAGCGCAAAGAACCUCCGAUGAUGAAAUCAUUCGCAAACUGCGUCAAGUCCAACGCGAGGAAUAGGAAGCAAGAAAACGUGCCUGAUUCGUUCGAUGGCCAAUUACUUUGGAUUUUACUGAGACAUAUCCGUCAUAGAGAGAGAGUACGUAAUCUUUAUACACGUUACGAGGAUCCAAAUCAGGAAGAAGAUGACUUUGACGAUUAUCACCAUGACUCCUCGAUGGAUAGCUCAUCUGAGGACAGUGAUAACCAAUCGGAAGGCGGCGACGUUGGAAGAAUACAAUGCCCUCCGUCUUAAAGUUGUUGCUUAACGCGAUUUGAUAUUACUGCGAUGAGAGUUAUAUAGCGUUCAUAUUAGUUGUUUUACGAUUAUAGUAAAUUCUACUGGAUAACUGUGUCGAUGGCUUUACAUAGUGGAGUGUAUAGGAGAGACAGUAAUCGCAACGUAUCAAAGAAGCUCCUUAUUCUAGUUACGAUUGAUCUUUUUUAUUAACUGGAAAUAUUCGGUAGCAUGAACUACAUGAGUGGUUCACGGUUGUAUUGUAAUUUUUGAAUAUAUACGUUGAACGGACA